AUGUGCCUUAGUUCCUGUGCGACCGGCUCCUCGUAUUCCUUCAGUUCCUGCGCGACCUCCUCCUCAUAUUCCUCCAGUCCCACGAGACCUCCUCCUUGUAUACCUUCAGUUCCUGCACGACCUCCUCCUCCUAUGCCUUCAGUUUCCAUGCGACCUCCUCAUCGUAUCCCUUCAGUUCCAGCGCAAUCUCCUCCUCAUAUGCCUUCAGUUCCCGCGCGACCUCCUCCUCUUAUGCCUUCAGUUCCCGGGCGACCUCCUCCUCGUAUACCUUCAGUUACCGCGGUUUUGGCUUCGAUUCGAGCCGGGCGAAUCCCAUCAGUCGCCCGGCCCGUCAGGCCUGGCGAUGCAAGUGUUAGUGUCUUCGGCCUGGACUAUGGAGAGCAUCUGGGCAGAAGAGAGGAUUCAGCCAGAAAUGGGUCAGUUGAGAGGUUUUUAUGA